GGUGCAUGUCUAUAUCAUCUUUACGUACGGAUCGUAGAAUUCCGUUUUCAUAAUACCCAACACGAGCCAAAUCUCAGGGCUUCCUAACCGCUAAUUCGACUCACAUUCUUAUUCACAGUGGGAAAUGGGGUUGCUGCCAGCAACCCCUGCUCCCUCCCGGUUCUUAAUGUCAAAGAAGCCGAGUACACAGAAUGCCCAAAGUCAAACCCCCAAUGCGCAAUAUGUACGGGUUCCAAGCCAGUUUAAUGCAACGCCUCGGUUCACUGCAACGACGAGGCCAUCCUCCACCCAGCCGGGGCGCGCCUUCACAACACCAGCGCUGGCCAUCAAGCCCAGAGUGCUUAAAAAUCGCUCGACUCAGGAUAUCAUCAACGACAGUUCCCCUGUUUCACCUGAGGAAGGCUCACCGCCUGCAUCGCCCACUACUCGAGAUGCACUCCCCGAGCCCAUUGAGUUUGACUCUUCUCUCGUCCCGCAGUCGCCCUCCCCUUCCGCGCUCAAAGAGGGACGCUCUCCCAAACGCAGGCGAAUAUCCAUCGCCUCAUCCGAGCCUGAGACAAAUCUGAUAGAGCCCUCGCAACAAUUGCAAGAAACCGACCUCGAUUCUCUACCAGACGCCCCAGACCACGGCAUUGCCGCCUAUCACUCGGAUGUGGAUGUCUCGGGCAAUGAUGUAGACGAUGACGACGACGACGACGGUGACGCCAACAACUCGUCUACCCACAAUCUCAACCACAGCAGCAAACUCCGCUUUUCCCACCAGAUCCCGCGCUUCAAACCCACUGAACCCCCAGACAGACGCCCCAACUACCCGGACGCCACGAACGCCUACCUGACAGCAGACAUCUUCUCCCCCCAACGGCGCGGCAACAAAUACCUCCCCGGCGGGCUAGCCGCCGAGCUGCGCGACUGGCUGGUGGAUGUCAAGGGCGGUGUGGACGGGGGAGGCAAGAUGGCGACUACGUGUUCGGCGCUCAGGUUUGCGUCUUCUUCUUCCUCUUCUGCCGGUAAUGUUGCGGCCGCGGCGCGGAUUGCCGUGGAGGAGUUGUCGCGUGGUGGGGCCGGCAUGACGUUGGUUGCUGGACGACAGGUGCCAAUGGGAAAAGAACAAGGGGCUGGACUGGAAGGGAGGCUCGCUUGGUUCUUGCGAAGCGGCGCAAGACAAGCACGAUGGCGGUUCUCGUAUGGCACCAGCACCGCUUCCAAGAAGUCGGACCCUCUGAGAAUUCUCUUCUGCGGCUCAGAUGACUUCAGCUGCCACUCCCUCGGGGCUCUACACGACGAGCAGAAACGCAAUGCCAACCUCAUCCGGUCAAUCGAUGUGGUCGUGAGACCAAGCAAGCCAACCGGACGAGGGCACAAGGUCAUAAGAGAAGUACCCGCCCGGAAGCUAGCGGAGGAGCUGAAGCUGCCUAUCCAUGUGAGAGACACAUUCACAGGCUGGGAUUUACCCAAACCCGACGACGACCCCAUCAAUCUCAUCGUCGCCGUCUCCUUCGGCCUCUUCGUCCCACCCCGCCUUAUCAACGCCACCAAAUACGGCGGCCUCAACGUCCACCCCUCUCUCCUCCCCGAAUUCCGCGGCCCAGCCCCCCUCCACCACGCCCUCCUCGCAAACCGCAGCCACACAGGCAUAACCAUCCAGACCCUCUCCCCACACGCUUUCGACGAGGGCAUCCCCCUGCUACAGACCCCAUUACCAGGAAUCCCCAUCCCGCCCAACUGCACCCUGCCACAACUCCACGCCAUCCUGGCCCCUCGCGGCGCAGAUAUGCUGCUCCAGACGCUACGCAGGGGCCUGCACGUCCCGCCGCACAAGCCCUUCCCUGGGUGCACGCAGUACCCCUAUCCACCGCGCUCCAGCAAUGCAGUACCGGAUGCCCCCAAGAUCACGGCGGCGGAUCGGGAGGUCCGGUGGGAUGAUGUCGCGGGCGCGGGGGAGGUGGUGAGGCGGGCGCGGGUGUUGGGCUCGUUGUGGACAUACAUCCGCGCCAGCGCGCCAGGCGCGCUCAAGAAGCGCGCCAUUCUUGACGAGCUGUCGGAGGUGAGCGCCGAGGAGAUUGGGGGGGAGCCCACCAUUCGGCCGGGAGAAACUCCCGACGUCGGGGGGGUACAAUAUGUGAUGCAUGGCGAGGUUGGUGAGAUAGCGGGUAGGUUAUGGUGGCACUGGGCGGGUGCGGAAGGGGGCAAGGUGCUGGUGCGUAUGCGGGAUGGGACGUGGUUGAGCAUUGGGAAGAUCAAGCUCGAGGGCUCGGUGUUCAAGCCAGCUUGGAGCGUUCUGAGUCAUGAUAUUGUCAUAGCGGCGGCUGCAAAUAGGAAGCAUGGUCAGUGA